AUGGUAUUGAAUUGUAAUGAAACUGAUCCAAAUGAGGAUCUUUAUCUGGUGCAACCAUGUUUUAUGAGCCAAGAUUUCAAUUACAUAAACUUGUGUUUUAGGAAAGUUGUGACACAAUUGACAGGGAUUUGGAGGGCUGAGAACACCUCCACAUUGUCUCUUCCUUCCUUCAUAACACAACUUUUCGUUAUUCUUUGUGUCAAUCGAGUUCUCACCCUUGCUGUUAGACCCUUGCACAUUCCUCGUAUUGCUGCUGAGAUCCUUGGUGGCAUAUUGUUGGGUCCAUCUGGGAUUGGAUUCACAGACUUUGUGGUAAAUCACAUAACUCCAUUCGGAACAAUAAUGACUCUAGAGAACAUAGCAGCCUUAGGCAUCAUCUACUUCAUGUUCAUGGUCGGCCUAGAGGUCGACUUAAACCCCGUCCUAACAGCCGGCCGGAAGGCCGUCACCACCGCCGUCGCCGGAAUCAUUCUCCCGGUACCCCUAGGCUACGCUCUCCACCACCUCCUCUUAGAGAACUUCGCCGAAAUCUCCAAAAACCAGCCAAGCCAAUUCGGUCCCCUCUUCUGGGGUCUCGCCAUCGCCACCACCAACUUCCCCGACCUCGCCGGCCUCCUCGCCGACCUCAAACUCCUCCACACCGACGUGGGCCGGACCGCCCUAACCUCCUCCGUCAUCUCAGACAUCAUCUGCUGGUUCCUCUUCAUCCUCGUCAUGGCCACCUCGAGCCGAGGCCGCAUAUUCACCGUCACCACCACCUCCGUCUUCGUAAUGUUCUCGCUCUUCGCGCUCCGUCCGGCGAUCAAAUACCUCGUCCGCCGCUACGUCAAGGACGAGAACUACACGCAGCGCCACGUGAUGUACGUCAUGGCGGGGGUGGUGCUCUGCGCGUACGUCACGGACGCGUGUGGCUCGCACUCCAUCUUCGGUGCUUUCAUGUUUGGUGUGAUCUUGCCUAAGGGGGAGCUGAAGAGGACGGUGAUGGAGAUGGUGGAGGACUUCGUUUCGGAGCUGUUGAUACCGCUGUUCUUCUACUGCAUAGGGCUGAGGACAGACGUCCACUGGAUUUUCCGGCGAGGAGUGGGGCUGGGAAUGUUGUCGCUGGUGAUAUUUCUGGCGUUCUCGGCCAAAGUUGUGAGUACUUUUAUUGUGGCUUACUUUCUCAAUAAGAUGAAGGCGAAGGAUAGCUUGGCUUUAGGGCUUCUUUUGAAUACCAAAGGCUUGCUUGCACUCAUUAUAAUCAGUACUGGUCGAGACAUGUUGGCUCUGGACAUGCAAACCUUUACUGUGCUAGUAUUUGCCCUACUCAUAAUGACAGCGGUGGUUGGACCGAUUCUGUCUUCGACUUACUCAAGAAAGCGUACUCCUGGCCAAUACAAAUACAGAACCAUUAGAAGCAUAGGAGGAAACUCCGAGUUCCGAAUCCUCGCCUGCGUCCACUCCACGCGCAACGCCGGCGGCCUUGUCAACCUCCUCGCCUCCUCCAACCCCACCAAGCAAUCUCCCGUCUACACCUUCGUCGUCCACCUCGUCGAGCUCGUCGGCCACGCCUCCGCCAUGCUCAUCGUCCACGACACUUGCAAGACCACCGACAACAUCCCCGGCGCCGCCGCAACCGUCAAGGACCCCAGAUCGGCCGACGGUAUCGCCGAGGCCUUCGACAGCUUAGAAGGCGAGAAUUUCUCUGUCCAGCCACUCACCGCCGUCUCCGCCUACAGCACCAUGCACGAGGACAUCUGCAGCCUGGCGGAGGACAAACGCGUGACACUCACGAUCCUCCCUUUCCAUGUCCAUUCCACGGCGGAGGGAGGAGGAGCCGAUAGCAGCGCCAACUCCCCAUUCCGCGCCGUGAACAAGAAUGUACUGGACAACACGCCGUGCUCCGCCGCGGUUUUCUUCGACCGCGGCUUCAACACGCGGCCGUCUCUCGACGAGUCGAACAGCGGGUUUCGCCACCAGUUCGCCAUGAUCUUCCUCGGCGGACGGGACGACCGGGAGGCACUGGCAUACGCGUGGAGGAUGGCCAAGAGCCCUAGGGUUUGCUUGACCGUUUAUCGAUUCAUACCUAGUAAAACUGUGGCGGAGAUCAGCCCUACUUUCGCUGAUGACGACGGCGAUGACGACAAAGAAGGCGGAAUCCUUAACGCCAUAGUGGACAACGAGAAGGAGAAGCCAUUGGACGAGCAGUACAUAGAAGAGUUCAAGCUCAAGUCAAGGGACGACCACUCGAUCAUGUUGAUAGAGGAAGUAGUCGACAAUGGCGAAGAGGUUGUGAGGAUUGUAAGCACAACGGAAAAGCACUACGAUCUGUACGUGGUGGGGAGAGGAAGAGGAGCGGUGUCGCCGCUGACGUCCGGGCUAUCGGACUGGUCGGAGUACCCGGAGUUAGGUCCGUUAGGGGACAUCUUGGUGUGCUCGAGCUUCGCGGCGGAGGCGUCGGUUUUGGUGGUGCAGCAAGGCGUUGGGUUGGUGGAUGAGCAAGAGGGAGUGGGGCAGGUUAGGGAGGAGUUUGGGCACAUGACGUGGCAUCCGCCGGAGAUGAACAACUCGAGCUUUGCUCCAUUCAUACACAGGAGAGUUAGGGUUACUGAUGAUGAUGAUCAUCUUUGA